UCGACUAAAUUGGUUUGUGAGGCAAAGAUGGAAGGCAAAUUACGUAGCUGAAUUAACUGGGGUUUGUUUGCAUUUCGGCAGUCACCGGAAUCUGCGAGACCUCGCCGGAGAUUUCGCUUUCGGCCGUUUCGUCCUCGAAUCGUAUACCGGUACUUUAUUAUUGCGUUUACCCACCACCUAUUCGAAUAAAUGUGGUACCGAUCGGCUUCGUUCAUUAUCGACAGACAACAACAGCUACAAGACGACGCCGUAGCCAGGCCUGAGAGUCGUCUUCUCUCCCCGACCACUCCUCUCUCUUCCAUGGCCGACACCCUCCAAAACCCUAAUCUCAACGUCAACGACAGUAAGAUGUCCGCCUACUACCAGACCAGGGCGGCGCACCACGGCGUCGUCACCAGCGACUGGCUCGCCCAGGCCCAGGCCGCCGUCGGCCUCGACUCCGACCCCAACGACCUCCCGCCGGAGGAGUCCUCCGCCAAGUCUACUGAUUCCGGCAAGGCGUUUAGCGUGAUUGAUGAGUUCAAUAGUUGGCGGAAGCAGCCCGAUCUGGCGGAGGCCGUGGCCGCGAUUAGGGCUUUGGCGUCCGUCAUCCGCUCCAGCAACGCCACCACCAUGAUGGAGCUCGAGAUUGAGCUGAAGAAAGCCUCCGAUUCUCUCAAAUCGUGGGAUACAACCUCUAUCUCUUUGACGGCUGGCUGUGAUCUUUUCAUGCGAUAUGUAACAAGAACAUCAGCUUUGGAGUAUGAAGACUUCAAUUCUGCCAAAUCUCGCCUCAUUGAACGUGCAGAGAAGUUUGGGGAGAUAUCUUGUAAGGCCCGGAAAAUCAUUGCAAUGCUUAGCCAAGACUUUAUUUUCGAUGGCUGUACCAUUUUGGUGCAUGGUUUUUCCCGUGUAGUGUUGGAAGUUCUAAAGACUGCAGCACAAAAUAGGAAACUCUUUCGAGUUCUGUGUACAGAGGGAAGGCCAGACAGAACAGGGUUGAGGCUGUCAAAUGAGCUUGCUAUGCUUGAUGUACCUGUGAAGCUCUUAAUAGACUCUGCUGCGGCAUACAUUAUGGAUGAAGUUGACAUGGUAUUUGUGGGGGCAGAUGGUGUAGUUGAAAGUGGCGGUAUAAUUAACAUGAUGGGAACUUACCAAAUUGCAUUGGUGGCCAGCAGCAUGAACAAGCCAGUUUAUGUGGCGGCUGAAAGCUACAAGUUUGCUCGUCUCUAUCCACUUGACCAAAAAGAUAUGGCACCCGCAUUGCGACCAAUUGAUUUUGGGGUACCCAUCCCUUCCAAGGUUGAGGUCGAAACGUCUGCUCGGGACUACACACCUCCUCAAUAUCUUACCCUACUCUUUACAGAUCUAGGUGUCCUCACACCUUCUGUAGUGAGCGAUGAGCUUAUCCAGCUUUACUUGUAGGUGUAGCUCUAACCCAUUCUGAAUUCCUAAGUAGAGAAUAUAGCAACAGGACUGGGUCUGCUUGCUCCCUUGCAGAAAAGACAGCUCUCUCCUCUCCUCUCCUCUCCUCCCCCAUAUGACUGAAUUACAUCGACCUAAUUUUGCAAUUCUUGUACUGUAAAUCAAGAACGUUCUCUUUUUGCCUUUGAUGGUGUGGCAUAUGUUGAUUUGCUUACUGAAUUGGAAUAUUAUGAUGGUUCUGCCUCAUGGCAAGCUACAUAGAUUCAUAUGCUUUUUG